GGCUUUUGUCAGGUGUGCGAGGAGCAGAAGUGUGAGGAAGAGGUCUUCCCCCUGGCCAUGAAUUACGUGGAUCGCUACCUGUCCUCAGUCACCAUGAGGAAAAGUCACCUCCAGCUUCUGGGAGCAGUCUGCAUGCUCCUGGCUUCCAAGCUGCGAGAAACCAUGCCCCUGACUGUGGAGAAGCUCUGCAUUUACACAGACAACUCCAUCACGCCUCAGCAGCUCCUGGAUUGGGAGGUUCUAGUCCUGGAGAAGCUAAAGUGGGACCUGGUCUCAGUGAUAGCAAAUGAUUUCUUGGCUCACAUCCUCUAUCACCUCCCACUGCCUAAGGACAAGAUGGAGCUGGUGAAGAAACAUGCACAGACCUUUAUUGCCCUGUGUGCCACAGACUACACGUUUGCCCUGUACCCUCCCUCCAUGAUUGCGACGGGCAGUAUCGGAGCCGCGAUCCACGGCCUGACGGUCUCCGUGGACAGUGUCACCGGUGAGGCCAUCACCGAGCUGCUGGCCAGCAUCACUGGCACUGAAGUGGACUGCCUGAAAGCCUGUCAGGAGCAGAUUGAGGCAGCCUUAGCUGAGGGCCUGAAACAGGCAUCCCAAACCCAACAGGAAUACAGCACAGCCAAGACUGCAGCCUACCCAGCCAGCCAGCCCACCAGCACCCCCACAGACGUCACGGACAUCAACCUGUGA